GUAUACAUUUGAUUAUCUUAUUUAUUUGUAUGUUUUUGAAAAAAAUUAUUUGUAUGUUUUAUUUUAUUUAUAACAACAAUAACAAUUACAUGCCUAUUUAUUUAUAUUUGAAAUAAAUAAAUAACUGAUUUAGUGAGAGAAGAAAAAAAAUCCAAAACCUGAGGCCCAUAAAACAAGAAAACUCAUCCCUAAAAAGAACUCACUGGCGUUUUGUCCCAGGAUAUUAUGAACAGGUUGCAGUGGAAUUGAAUUAAAGUCUGUUCUGUGGUGUAUUUGUUAUAGUAGAGAAGAUGGAGUUUUGCCCAAUGUGUGGGACCAUGUUACAGAUUGAACUACCGCGUCAUGAUAUCCCCUCAAGAUUCUUUUGUCAUAAUUGCCCUUAUGUUUCUCCCAUCCAGCCAGGGGUUAAGAUUAAGAUCAGGCAAUUACUGGUGAAAAAAGGAAUUGACCCUAUUAUCUCCCAUGAUGCCAUGAAGAAUGCACCCACUGCUGAGGUACCAUGCCCAAAUUGCCGCCAUGAUACAGCUGCUUAUAUGGAAAUUCAGACUCGUUCAGCUGAUGAACCGGCAACUAUAUUUUACGCGUGCUUGAAUGAAAAGUGUAAACAUCGAUGGAAUGAUUAAUAUCAGUGGAUGAAGAUGUAGAAGCUUUUCAUGCCGUUUCUGAUUGGAAUUAUGUGGUAGAUAAGAGGGUUUUCUAAUGUUUCAUUUUACUUUUUGUUUAUGAUUAUUGAUUACAAAAAGACUUUUUGUUUUAUCUUCUCAACGAGGACAAAUUUGCUUUAAGGACUGGUUAAGUGAGAUGGUAAUUAAAGUUAAAAAAACUUUGCGUUUUCCAUAUUAAAGAUCUAUA